GUUGCGUGUUUAUGUUUAAUUUGUUGUUAAAAUGUCGGCCAAGCGAAUUCGGGGAAAGAACUUUUCCGAGCAGGAAGAGCACGUUCUGAUUGACCUCGUGCUGCUGAAGAAGGACAUUCUGCAGGACAAGAAGAAGGACGCCGCCACCUGGCGCAGGAAGGCCGAAACGUGGGAGCAACUGGCCGCGGAGUUCAGGGCGCAAACGGGCACCGACCGGACGUGCAGUGCCCUCCGAGAGAAGUACGAUAAUAUGAAGAAAAACUCCCGGAACAAGUACAGAGGGGUCAAGAACUGGGACGUCGAAAAGGAACUCUCGGCGGCAGGAAGCUCGUGGUGCAUCAGGAGGACCUCAAUGAUGACGGAUAACAACGAGGGACACAUGGGAAACGUCACCACCCCGCUGGAGAACCAGUUCGACAGCGACGGCAAUUUCCAGUUGGUGAACGUAGCCAAAGAGGAAAACCCCUCAAUCAGCUCAAGCAGCUCUCCAUUACUGCAGGAAAACAUUGUUGAUCUCGAGGAACCCGAGGUGUCCAGCCUGGAGACUUCGGAGAGAUGGAAGGCGAAAAGAUUGAGGCAGUGGGACUCUCCGCCUGUGCCGCAAACCAACCGAUCAUCCCGCGUCGAAGAGGAGCAGGUGGAAUUGUUUAAGCUGCAACAGCAGUAUUACAGAGAGCAGAAUGUCAGGGCCGCCGAAAAACACAAAUACGAAGUGGAGAGGGAACUCAUUGAACUGCAGACGGCUCGAAUCAAGAACCAACUACUCGAAAUGGAAAUGGAAAUAAAGCGCGAGGAACUAGCCAAGAUUAAGCAGCUUAAGCAAAGUACUUUAAGUUAGUUAAGGUGUGUAGGAAAGCGAAAUUGAGACUUUUAUGUUAAAAGUAAAUACUCACCUGAUUUACGUAAGAAUAUGCAAGCAAAUCUCCAUUUGAACUAGAGAACCAACAUUAUUUGCAAGUAUUUAGGACAAGAGUACAAUCGACAUUAUUGAAAUAUAUAUAUUUGGUUUUAUUUCGAAAUGUAAAAUAUUUUUAAUAAAUCAGACCAAAACCUUAGGUUCAGUUUUUGGUAAAUAUACCUUAGUUUUAAGAAAGAAGACUACUAUGUAGCUUAUAAAAAUAAGAUAAAAGAGUUUAAUUAUUAAGCCCUAGUGUCUAUGAAAAAGAAACAUUAAAAUUUGUAAGAUUAUUAAUAAAUCUAGCAGCUGCUACUGAUUUAACUA